AUGCGCGCAGUGCUCCCGUUCCGCGCUGCCUACCCCUUGACUGAUGUAUCGCCGGGAGCCUCGGACCAGGCCCUCGCAGGAAGUUCGUCGUCCGACAGCCCCACCGGCGUGAUUGGAAUUGAUCUCGAGUUCACCGAUGAUUUGGACUGGCAGGCCAAUCCUUUAUCCUAUGAUUUCGAGCACGAUCUUGGCUUCGGUGCCAUGUCUGGGGAGGCCCCCUUUGUCCACGCGAGGCAGUGGUUAGAGAGUGAAAAGAACGAUUAUCUCGCCGCCGUAGAAUCGAUUGCUCAGCUCUGCGCGAAUGGGCCUGUGCGAUCACAGGAUUUUCUCCUGAAUGCCAUCAAAGGAGAGCUGGAGAAGAUACAGGCGCAAUGUACCAAGGGGUCGAGGUCUGACGACGUCGCGGCAAUGCAAGCCAUCACCUUGUACACGGUCAUGAGGACCUGUCAUACCGCGGCUACUGACUCGGACCUACUGAGCCGGAUAUCAUCAAGCACUAUCUCAGCAAGAAUGUCCACUUGGUCGCACCACCGCGACCUGUACAACCUGAGGAUUGGAAUGACUGGAUCAUAG